AUGAGUUAAUUUGUAGACUAUGAAUGGAAAAAAGAAUGUGAAGGGAUCAUUUGGGAUUACAUUUACAAUCCACCAAGAAAAAUAAGAACAAAAUACUUAAUAUCUCGGACAAAUGAAAAGGAAAUUAUGUACACUUUAGAUGGAUGUAGUUUGAAAAUGUAACAAUUCAUUUUUCUAAUCUUAGAGAUCGAAUUAUUGGCCCAUCAAAAGAGCUUGAUUUGAUGAACAAUUUAGAAUAAAUAAAACAUUUGUAAUGGAUCGGAUAAUAUGGAUAAAAUAACGUAAAAAUUGGUAAAUGGAUAAUAAGAUGGAAUGGUGAAACGUUAAAAGAUGUUGGAGGAUAAUACUCUAAUGAUGGAAAAAAAUAAGGAAGGUGGAUAGAGUUAUUUUCAAAUUAUUGGAAGUAAAAUUUUUUGUAUUAUUUAAUUAGUAAAGCUUUAGAACUAGACAUGCUCAUUCUCUCAGAACCCUUUCCAAUUUCAAGCCUAGACUAUGGAUUUGCAUCCUUGAACAUUACUUUCAACUCAUGCCAGGUCUCAUGCAGCCGAAUUAUUUUCAUAAAAAAAUUUUAAAACUUAAUAUUAAUGAUGAAUAAAUUUUGUAUUUUAUAAAAUUUAUUAUAUUUUAGUAGAUUACAUCUAAUUUGAGCCUUAAUGA